AAUUAAAGACUGAGGUGAAUGAAUAGGUGCCUAAUUGGUGAAACUGUGGACACAUGGGCACUAAAACAAACAAUUUGGUAGUAAAUUAAGAAUUCAGAGACAAAGCAAGCGAUAACCAGACAAACCUGACUUGUGUUAAUAAGUGCUGAGCAAUCUAAUUAGGAGCCUGUUGAUUUUUUAUCCCAUACCCUUUUGACUAAUGUUUUUGUAGUUUCACGGCAAGCCUCAUCUGCGCUGUUUUCUAACCCUCUUCCCAGUUUACUCUGACUUUAACUCUUCCUGGAGAACCUCUCAGAACAAUGAUUUACAGGACGAGGACUUUCCACUCGAUCGAGAAAAGGCAGGGAACCACCAUCCGCAAUGAUAAGACAAAGGCAUGUCUGUUCAUAAGAACCCACUAAUAACUCAUAUACUUAGUUCAAUUUCAAAUUAAUUUUACUAUUUCAAAUUAAUUUUGCCAGCCUCGAAACGUACCAUGUAGGCUAAUGCCAUCCUGAUAAUCUCGAUGUAAAGCUUGGUUUAGAUGUAAAACUUGAUGAACCAUUUUCCAGUGCUAUCAAAAAGUAUUAGAAUAUGCAUGCCUGGCUAUAACACGUCUUGUAACCUGAGAUGGGCUGGAGGCGAUUUGCAUCCUGAACAGUAGGCUACUUUGAAACUGUAUUUUCUCUCCUCUCCUGAGCUCGCAUUAAAAUAGCCUUUGAGCUACAUAAUCCGUUGACGUACAUUGUACAGACUGUUUCCUUAUAAAUGUAUCAUUUGUUUCAUUCUAAAAGCUUGGUAAGAACCUAGGCUAUUAAUAAUGUUCACAAUUCGCGUAAUUAAUUCAGUUUACAUGUAACCGUUACUGCAAGUAAAAAACAUUAAUACAAAGAUCGCGGGUAAAUCAGGAUAACUCGUUGAUUGUGUGGUUUAGUAACACCCCUUAAUAGUGCUGUAACCACUUGUCCACCAUAUCACCUUUAUUUAGUCAGUUUGCACGAAUGAGAAUAAUACGGCCUAGAAAGCAAACAUGAGUCACUGACAGCCCGUGGGCGGCACUAAUGCUCGGUGUACGUAUAUGCUGACGUAACAGCUGUUAUCUUUUGAUGGGAAGCUUCCACCAAGAUGGCGUUACACCUGUUUCAGUGUCAGGGACAGAAUAGAAACUGUUAAAAAAACAACAGCAAAGCAGAUAGUUACUCAGAAUUAUUAAGAGACUGUGAUCAGCGACACGGUCUCCUUUAUCUCCUAAAAAUGUCGACAGAGGAGCUGUCCACCUCAGACAGUGAAACUGCCUUCGCUGGUGGGGAGCGGUGGGCGCCAGUGGGAGCUGUAGCCAGUCCCGAAGAUGAGGAGUCGAGAGACGGACAGGGGGAUGAGCUCGAGCCGAAGCGUAAGGGCUCGUUGUCAUCUACUAUGGAGAUGGCCACGAAGCUCCAAAAGCUCGAGGAAGAGCAGGAGCUUCUGAACUCCUCGCUCCUGGCUCUUACGUCGCACUUUGCCCAGGUGCAGUUUCGUCUGAAACAGAUUGUUCACGCACAAAGCGACGAAAAGGAGAAGAUGCUGCUGGAGCUCGAGGAAUUCGCAUUUAAGGGAUGCCCACACGUCCUCGGCUGCAGGGCCCAAGAUGCGCUUCAGUUAGAGAACUCGAGCGAACGGGAGAAGAGGGAGCGCCUGGAGGCCCAGAGGGAGAAACAGAAGGAGCUCAUCGUCCAGCUCAAGACCCAGCUCGAUGACCUGGAGAGGUUCGCCUACCAGGAGGGCAGCUACGACUCCCUGCCCCAGUCCAUGGUCAUGGAGAAACAGAGGGUGAUCAUCGACGAGCUGAUCAAGAAGCUGGACGUGAACCUGAACGAGGACAUCGGGAAGCUGACCCCCGAGGAGCUGCGCCAGAGGGUGGACGCCGCCAUCGCCCAGAUCGUCAACCCCGCCCGCGUCAAAGAGCAGCUGGUGGAGCAGCUCAAGACCCAGAUCAGGGACCUGGAGAUGUUCAUCAACUUCAUACAAGAUGAGGUGGGGAACCCACUCCUGCCCAAUGGCGGAGCUUCGCAGCAGGCCGGAGCACCUGGGGCCAGCUCCAGAGGCCCCGGUGGAAAGAGGACAGUGGAUCCAGAGCAGGCCCAGAAGAUGCGUGAGACCGGGCUGCAGCUGAUCCAGCGGGCACUGGCGGUGCUGCAGAUCUUCGCCGUGAGCCAGUUCGGCUGCGCGGCGGGGCACGUCCCGCGGGGCGUGUGGUCGCAGGGCGAGGCGGCCCAGGACUACGGCCCCCUGCUGCAGCGCCUGGAGGCGGCGGUGGAGCGGGUCCGGCAGCAGGCCGUCCGCCGGCAGCCGUCGGAGGAGCAGCACCUGGUGUGCCCCGGCGACGGGCCGCCCUGGGGCGCCCGCGACGAGCUGACCGCCACCGUCCGCAAGGAGCUGGCCGUGGCGCUGCGCGACCUGCUGGCCCACGGCCUCUACUCGCCCUCGCAGGGCAUGAGCCUGGUGCUGGCGCCCAUCGCCUGCCUGCUGCCCUUCAGCGCCGCGCCGCAGACCAUGCACCCCUGGGAGCUCUUCGUCAAGUACUACCAGUCCAAGAACGGGCGGGCCUUCGCCGAGGCGCCGGCGCGCAAGCUCUCGCAGUCCUUCAGCCUGCCCGUGGGCAGCGGCCCGGCGACGGUCACGCCCAAGCAGUCGCUGCUGUGGGCCGUCCACUCGGUGCUGCGCGAGCACGACCCCUUCAAGCGGGGCGCCGACUCGGAGUUCAAGGCGCUGGUGUGCGUGGCGCUCAACGAGGGGCGGCUGGUGUCCUGGCUCAACCUGCUGUGCAAGUCGGGCCCGCUGGUGCACUCGCACUACCAGCCCUGGAGCUACAUGGCGCGGACGGGCUUCGAGAGCGCCCUCCAGGCCCUCAGCCGCCUCAGCCGCCUGCGCUUCAGCCUGCCCGUCGACCUGGCCGUGCGCCAGCUCAAGAACAUCAAGGACGCCUUCUGAGGGCCGAGGGCCGGGCUUGGGGGGACGGGGGGGUUCACGUACGGGGAGUUGCGUCAAAAUGUCUCUUCUCAGGGGCCCCCAGCUUCCUCAAAUAGGCUCCCAAUCAAAAAAAAAAAAAAAAAGGACAAAACUUGAGUUUGUCCCAAGCUAGCAAAUCUGCUCAUUGUAGCAUCUAUUGAAGGGAUGUUGCUUUGUUUAUCAAGAUGGCAAAAAAACCAGUGGAACAUUCCAGAAUUGUUUUUUUUUUUUUUUGGACAAGUGUUAUUUUACUGAUCCUAAAAUACAGAUUUUUGCAUGAAGUACACCUGAGCUGAUAACCAAAAUCAUUUGAGUAAUGAUUAUAGAAAACAGGGUUAAUGCUACAUAAUUCUCAAAGUGAUUGUACAGUUAUUCUGUAUUCUGUUUUCCGAUUUGACGGUUCGCUCUAAAUGCAUAUCAUAUCCUGUCAUUAUAGAUUGCUGCAUUAUAGGUUAUGCUGAACGACGUACUGUAUUCUGUUAGAUGGCUGACAACACUGUCACAUGCUGAAUAUGCACAUGUACCACUGUGUCCCUAGGGAACACACAGCUCAUGUUCAUAUGAGGUUAACCCUGUGCUGGUCAAGAAAAUGCUGUAGGUCCCCAUUGAACUUUCAAGGAGGUUUCUGCUGAAGCUCCAUAUUCGGGUCCAGUUAGAACGGCAAGUCCUAAACGGUCUUCUGGUGCCCAGCAUUAAUUAAGGAAUUAAUGCGGACCACCACCGGACAGCACAUUUCAGCCGACUUCAAACUGUGAAGCUGCAAAGCAGAAGCAUUUCACGACGCUUGGAUGAGUCGGUUACCAUUCUUCCGGGCGGUAGCUCAAGGAAAGCCUGGAGGAUAGCCCAGGAUCCCACGUUUUCAGUCCCGGAUUAGAUCGCACCGCCGGCAUUUACCAUUAGCAUAUCGCGCGGUAGCCUCGAGCAUUUAAGUGAGGACCAAAGGAGAGAACAGCUGGAUACACUCAGGAUAACAACACACUACGACCCACAUUCGCCCUCGCGAUGCUUCUUGGAUUAAAGCGGUCCAAAGCUAAGAGUUUACACAGGUUUUCUUGUUGUCCAGUGCUCUUGCAUUUCUCUCCAUGGUAUGUCAUGGUUAUAGAUGCCUAUUUAAUGGGAGGAUACUCAGAAAUGGUGAUUCUAACAACUGCUGCUUAUUGUUCCAAAAGUGCAUUUUAAAUGAAAAAAUAUUUAUAUGCUUAUAUGUCUAUUGUAUUUGGCGUGAUUGUGGGAUGUGAAUGAUCCCAUUUUGAAUGAAGGUUAAAAAAAAGAGUAAAUUAUUUAAAUCAAUCAUGAAUCACACUGAAUAUCAAGAACCAAAGCUGAAUGUACCAUUGUUAAAGGUUGUAAGAUUGAGUCUAUAAGUGCUAAAUAAUAUUAUUAGGAUGUUGAUUAUUUAAAGCAUUAUUUUGGUGUAAAUCAAUAGUCUUAUCAUUGAGAUUCUUUUGUUUGUGUUGAAAUCGUUUCGCAUACACAGAACUUUUAGUAACUCCUUGAGCAUGUUAUUUCUUACAUGCUGAUGUAUUGUUUUUCCUUUAUGUUUUUUUCAGUACUUAAUUCAUGCUUUAUAAGGGGACACAGCUGAAACUAAUUUGUGUCGUGUAUGCACAGUAUUUUUGGUCUGUGGAUGGAUUUAAAUGUUUUUGCAAAGUGAGUGAGAUGUAUGAACUUUACUACUACUACUACUGUGGUCAAAAAGUUAUCAAAAGGUCAUCUAGUUUUCUGUCUUUAUUAUUUCAAACAUUUAUUUUCAGCAUGGUGUCAUUAAAAUUGUGUCUAUCAGUAUCUUUUUGUCUUCCAAACUGGAAAUGUCAGAUGUUAGAAAACUUUCUGUCUGUCUUACAAGUCAUAUUGAUCUCCUAUUUCCAUUGAAGAUAGCAUAGCCCAUUGUUAGAAGAAUACACACAUACUUAGUUUAUGGCUUAACCUGCCAGUACAUGGCUUAUUCUUAUGUAAAUACAUUUAAUAAAGAUUUUAAAAAUGUA